AUGAAUAUUGCUACUCUCAACGUUGCUAAGCAACCUAUCGUUACUUCUGUCUCGUUAGAGACUACAGAAUUUUCGACUAACGCUGAAGGAAUCGCCGCUCAAGAAGCUGUGAAGAAGCUAGUGGUUACACCAGCUUACGGAGUCAAAAAUUCAAACCCUAUAAUUGAUGAAGCUAUCGACAACUUCAGUUUUUUGUACUCCGAACCAAAAUCCAAAAGUAAUAAGAUUCAAUUUGGUGAAAGUCGAACGAUUACUUUUGAUGUCGAUGAAGAAGUGGAUAGACUUGCCAGUAAAACUAAAAACACUGAAAAUCAAUCAAAAGAUUCCAAGCCACUUAAGACAAUUUUAAAACCAGGACCUGUUUUCGUUCAUGAUUCUGAAUUACUCGAGACUGAGGAUUUUGCUUACUUGGAUGAAAGUGAUGAGGAAACACAGGUCAAAACUUCAAAUCAAGACGUUAUAACUCUCCUUCAAAGGAUCUUUACUCUACAUGGGAUUCCUCCUUGUGAGAUUAAGGAGGAUCUUUUGGGGACUUUGCAAAGAUUGGCCCGUGGUGUUGUUGCAUCGUUUAAACAGAGGGAACAAUGCUACAAAUACGUCGGUAGAAAACAAAGUAUUGAAGAGCUUGAUGAAUUGGAGUAUGUCAAUGACAAGUUGAAAUGUGAAGUGGCAGGUCUCAACAAAAAAUUAAGCCAAGAAAAGGUUAGAUGGGAGGUAGUUGAUGAAGUAUUUAUUGAGAAUGAUUCGUUGAAGGCUAAAGUUGAAGAAUUAAUUACAGCUAAACAACAUUUACUCAAAGAAUUGCAACUAGCCCCCAAAUGGGAGGAUGUUGAUGGAUUAUUAGAGGAGGAUAAAGAAUUAAAAUCAAGGGUUAAACAGUUAACAUUUUUAAAUGAUGAUUUAAAGAAAAAGUAUGCCCAAAUAGAAAUAACUACUUCUAAACGUGCAGAUGAAUUGGUAUCUUCCAAGGAAAAAUCUGACAUUGAAUUGAGGAAAACAGAUAUUAAGUUGAAUGAAACUACCGAGCAGGUAAUUGAACUCAGAAGGGAAAAGGAGGUGCUGAAUGCAAAGCUGUAUACUUACAAAAAGAAUGCUGAGACGACCUCGAUCAAACUGGAAGAAACAGAGGAGCGUGUUCAGGAGCUCUCUAAAAUUGUUGAAGAUUAUAGAACGAAGAAUGGUGAAUUGGGUUCUUCAUGUGGACAAUUAGUAGAAAAAGCAGAACAAACUGCUAUUAAAUUGAGAAAUACAGAAUUGGUUAAUGUGGAGCUGGUCUCUACUAGGGCUGAUCUGACCUCUAAAUUGCAUGGAGUGAAAAGGACUGUCGAUUACUUGACUAGUGAGAAUAUUGAAAUGACGAAGAAAAUGAAAUUGAUGAAGAAGAAAGCUUACAAUCGCUUCUUUGAUCAAAAUGUAAGUUUGGGUUCCAAGAAUGAAGAAUUGGCAGAGAAACUGGGACAGGCGUUGAAUAAAUUGGAGGAGUUUGGCAAUCUUCAAAAAGACUAUGAAAAGCUUGAUUCGAAAAAUAAUGAGUUGGCGGCUAAUCAAGACGAAUUAACUUUGACGAAUAAGAAUUUAUCUCAAAGACUCGAAGCAGAAACCAAGAGGGUUAAACAGUUGGAAAAUGAUUUUACGAUGGCACAAGAUAAAGUCAUUUCAUUUGACAUUAGUUUGAGGCGUGUGGGACAAUGGUAUGAAGCCUUAUCACAAGAGAAACACGAUACAGAUGUCAAAGUGUGUCAAUUGGAGAGCCUUUACCGAGAAAUAAAUUCUCGAUCUGUUUCUUUAGACGAUGAGCUCGAAUCUGCUAAAACAUGUUCUAUAAAAAGCGUACAAAAGGUUGAACAAUCAGAGCAUCGUAUCGAGCGUGACGAACAAUUGGUUCAAGACUCCGAAAGAUGGAAAAUGGAAGGUCAAUCAUGUUUUCAGGAAUUCAGUAUUCUUCGAAAUGAGCAUAGUACAUUGUUACAAAAAUGUAGCAAAUUGGAGUUUGAAAAGUCUAAGCUUCAAACGGAAAAUGUCGAACUUAGCGGCUAUAAGGAAGGUUACUCGUUAUUUGAUGAGAAGUACGAGUGGCUUGAGAGUAUCGCCCUUUCUUUAAAGCAAGAGAAAAAGUGUAGUGAUGAUAAAAUCAAAGAUUUACAAAGAGAGUUAAAGUAUGCAAGAAAGACCAUUGAUUCAAUGGAAAAGGCUAAAUCUCAAUACGAAAGAAGACCACAAGAGCUACAAAUCCAACUGGAUCGAUUAAGACUACAAAACUUUGAAUUAUCUCAACGGUUUGGUAAGAAGAAUAAAGAAUUGCAAGAGUCAUUUGAUAAGAUGCGUGAAAUGGCAGUCAUGCUACGUAGUACAAUGAGUUUGGCCAAAACUUUGAGCCCCAGUGAUGAAGUUACUUUGGUGGAACAACCAAAUAACAAUGCAGGUAAUACUUUGAAAACCUUUUUACCUUUAAAGUGGUGGAAGACCAGCACCUAA